AUGGCGAAAUCAAGAACAACAGCAGGAGGAGCAAGCUGCAGCAGCAUGAGCAGAGAGAAGCCAUUGAUGACGAUCCCAAAUUCAGUUAAUUUAUUAUCGGAGUUGGAAGUAAAUGCAAUAGAGCUUCUCGUACAACUCAGCGGAUCAUCGUGCUGCAACGGCGGCAGCACUGAAGAAGAAAGCGAAAGCAAAAGCAGAGCAGCUCCUCCUCAUCAUGAUGAUGAUCAGUUGUCGUCGUCGUUCUCCAAAUACGAAACAUUAGUGUCUGAAGAAGAUGAAGAUGAAGAGAGGUUCGAACCGAGGAAGAGAAGAUUUCGGUCGAUUUCGGAACUUUACGAGUUGACAGAGCCUCUUAAUCUUUUUAUUGUUGCAAAGGAAACACAAAGGAAGAGGAGGAAGAUCAUGUCAAAUUAA